AUGACUGUGUACAGUUUCCGUUUCCAGAUCGGCGCAAGUAGGUCUCUGGGAACCGUGGCCACGCUCGCCACAGCCUGCUGCCUGUCUGUCUACUGCCUAUAUGUCCGACCUGCGCUUCGGCAUGAGAACAAGACCGCCGCUACCAUCUUAGCCAAGACCCGGCGGAGGAGCCUGGCGGCAGGGAGACAGGAGCUGGAGCCGGAGCCGUACCCCCAGGAUGUGUUCCCGGGAGGACGAGAGGUUGAGACGCCAUAUGGGACCAUCCAAGUAUUUGAAUGGGGGCCUGAGAACGGCGAAAAGGUAGCCCUUGUGCAUGGAAUUGGCACGCCCUGUAUUGCUCUGGGUGACAUGGCCAAGCAGUUCGUCGCAAAAGGAUGCAGGGUCCUCCUCUUCGACUUGUUUGGACGAGGUUAUUCGGACGCUCCCGGGGACCUCCCAUAUGAUGACCGUCUGUACACAUCCCAGAUCCUCCUCGCUCUGGCAUCAUCCCCCCUCUCAUGGACCGGAACGGAGAGCUUCCACCUCGUGGGCUACUCCCUCGGCGCCGCCCUGUCCGCCGCCUUCGCCGCCUACUUCCCCCACAUGCUGCGAUCCGCCACCCUCGUCUGCCCGGGCGGGCUGAUCCGCCCUUCCCACGUCAGCUGGAAGAGCAAGCUCAUUUACUCGGAGGGCCUGCUGCCCGUGUGGCUGUCUCAUUAUCUUGCCCGGUGGAGGCUGGAACCACGCCACCAUGGACCGAGCGCUGAUGUACCUGUGGACGUGGACAAUGACGCGGAUAUAGAUUUUGACGAGGUGCCGCUCACACAGGCUCACGGCGGGAGCGGUGCCAGGGUCGGGGAUGUCAUGCGGUGGCAGAUGGAGAGGAACGAGGCGUUUGUGGGCGCAUAUAUCAGCACGUUGAACAACGCGCCCAUCUAUGGCCACCACGAAGGGGUGUGGAAACGCCUGGCUGGACGGCUAGCUGAGAGAAGGGCAGAAACAGGUUGCCCAAGCGGCUUGCCGGGUGGUAGGGUGUGUCUGGUCCUCGCCACCAGGGAUCCAGUCGUCGUCCUGGACGAGUGGCUCGAGGAUUCUCGAAGAGUCUUGGGAGAAGAAGGCGUUGACAUUCAAAUCCUCCCUGGGGGGCACGAAAUCGCCAUCACCAAGGGAAAGGAGAUUGCGGAUGUUGCGAUGAGAUCGUGGCCUCAGUGA